AUGUUGAGGACCAGACUCUCUAAUUGGAGUCUAUGGAGGUCCUAUUAUACGUCAUCACUUAGUAGAGUGCCUAGAGCACCUCCAGAUAAAGUCUUGGGGUUAUCUGAACACUUCAAGAAGGCGAAGAAUAUUAACAAAGUUGAUUUGACCGUAGGAAUAUAUAAAGAUGCUUGGGGGAAAGUGACUACGUUUCCCUCUGUGGCCAAGGCUCAAAAAUUGAUUGAAUCUCAUUUUGAACUCAAUAAUAAUUUAUCAUAUCUACCAAUAACAGGUUCUAAAGAAUUUCAGGAAAAUGUUUUGAAUUUUCUGUUCAAGGAAUCAUGCCCCCAGUUUGGUCCAUUCUAUUUGGCACAUGACAGAAUUAGUUUUGUACAAACUUUAAGUGGUACCGGUGCCUUGGCUGUAGCAGCUAAAUUCUUGGCAUUGUUCAUAUCAAGAGAUGUCUGGAUACCUGAUCCAUCGUGGGCAAAUCAUAAAAAUAUCUUUCAGAACAACGGUUUCGAAAACAUUCAUCAUUACUCCUAUUUUAAUGACGGUCAAAUAGAUAUUGACGGGUGGAUCAAGCAGUUAAAGACUUUUGCAUAUAACAGCCAACCAGAGAAUAACAAAAAUCCGCCUUGUAUUAUCUUGCAUGCAUGCUGUCACAACCCAACAGGUCUCGACCCAACAAAGGAGCAAUGGAAAGAAAUCAUAGACACGAUAUAUGAGCUAAAAAUGGUGCCCAUUGUCGAUAUGGCUUAUCAGGGUUUGGAAUCUGGUAAUUUGCUAAAGGACGCAUAUUUAUUGAGAUUGUGCCUCGACGUAAACAGAUACCCAAACUGGAGUAAUGGUAUUUUUCUUUGCCAAUCUUUUGCCAAGAACAUGGGGCUAUACGGAGAAAGGGUUGGUUCCCUAAGUGUAAUCACACCUGCCACUGCGAAUAAUGGAAAUUUCAGCCCUCUACAGCAGAAAAACGCAUUACAACAAAAUAUCGACUCACAAUUGAAAAAAAUUGUUAGAGGUAUGUAUUCUUCUCCGCCAGGCUAUGGUUCCCGUGUAGUAAAUGUGGUGUUAUCUGACUUCAAGCUGAAACAGCAAUGGUUCAAGGAUGUUGACUUUAUGGUUCAGAGAUUACAUUACGUUAGGAAGGAGAUGUUUGACCGCCUAGGCUGGCCAGAUCUAAUAAAUUUUGCACAACAGCAUGGUAUGUUUUACUAUACAAGGUUUGGUCCAAAACAAGUCGAAUUCUUGAGAAGCAAAUACUUCGUGUAUUUAACAGGUGAUGGUAGAUUGUCACUUAGCGGAGUCAAUGAUUCAAAUAUUGAUUAUUUAUGUGAAGCCCUUGAGGCCGUUUCGAAAAUGGGCGAACUUGCAUAA